GAUAUGAUGUUGUGUCCGCGGGCAAAGUGAACUCGUCGAACUUGUAGACUGAAUGAACGGAGAGUCAACACAUUAUUUUUUAUUUUACGGCACGGAUUCGUCAUGAAAUCACUGGUUAUUGUGAUCAUUUUUCUCAACGCUCUAGCAAAAACGUCUUCUUUACAAAAGAAAGAAAUUUCGCUCAACCAAAGAAGCUGUCACAGUGAAAAUGUUGACGUCAGUCCGUAUUUGAGCACUAGAACUCCUUACAGGGUUAUCCAUGAGCAGAACAAAGCAAAAAUAAUUCGACAUCACCUGCCAGAUCAAUGCGUUGCUCAACAAAUUUGGAUGCUUGUACGUCAUGGAACGCGAAAUCCAAGUGCCUCUGUCAUAAAAAAUUCACUUAAAAGUUUGUCCUUACUGCGUGAAAAAAUAGUUGUAGCUCACCAAAAUGGGAAAGGGCUGCUCUGCGCUACUGAAGUAAACAGGCUGCAAAAUUGGGCUAUGAACAUCACUGAAAUUGAUGAAAAGCUUCUUGUUCCUGAAGGGGAAAGAGAACUAAAGAAUCUAGGUUCCAGAACGCUGACCAAGUAUUUUGGUCUGCUAAAUUAUGAUUCUGACGAUCUGGAAAAUAGUGAAAUUAAUUUAAAGUUUCGAUACACUGACACAGAACGGACUUAUAACAGUGCAAAGCACUUUGCUAUUGGAUUAUUGGAUUCAAACGAUACGUCCCAAGUGCAAUUUACUAAGUCACCCCUCAAACACGAUCCUCUUUUAAGGUUUUAUCAGUCAUGUUUGAAGUGGAAAACUGAAGUCAAGGGCAAUCCAGAUGGAGGCAAACAUCAAUCAGUUGCGUUCAAGAAUGGUACUGAGUAUGAAGUACUAAAGGCAACUCUUACGAGCCGACUGGGACUGCAGGAUUACAACCUUUCAACUUUGGAUGUUGACAUGAUGUAUAACACUUGCACUUUUGAGUGGUCUUGGAGCGAUGAUCCGUCGCCAUGGUGCGCCGCCUUCUCUGAGGAAGAUUUGCAGGUACUGGAAUAUUCAUCAGACCUCAAAUACUACUGGACCGACGGCUACGGCUACGAGUUGAACUACAAGCAAGCUUGCCCUUUGGUCCAAGAUAUGCUGGAGCAUUUCAAAAAUGCCUCUCGAGCGACUCCCCAGCCGAAAGGGGUGUUUUAUUUCACUCAUUCGGGCACAAUGCUCAAAGUACUCGCGCACUUGGGCCUGUACCGAGACAAAGAGCCCCUGUGGCACCACAAUUUUGAUCACCAUAAGAGCUCCCGCCUGUGGAGGGUGGGCAGGAUUGACAGUUUCGCCGCCAAUCUCGCCGCUGUGCUUUACAGCUGUGACUCUACGCCGAAAGUGAUGUUUUUGCACCAGGAGCGCCCAGUCGCGAUUAAUGGAUGCCCCAGUGAGGAGCCCUUUCUUUGCCCGCUGGAAACGUUGGAAAAACUUUUCCCCUACUGCAACUUUGAGCAGAUAUGCCAGCUGCCCGAGAGGACAGGCCAGCAGUCCCGAUGAGGAUAAACAAAGGAGCACCGUGCGCUAUGUGGUGGGCAUCGUUUGCUCGGUUGGACUCGUUUUUGUCCUCUAUCACGCGAGUAACGUCCAGAAAGGGUCCUCAAGCGCGCUUGCUGGACUGCUCGCACCGGCCGCCAUCAUGAUC